AUGUUGCAGCAGAGACUGCGGGACAGGUUGUCAGGGUCAGCUGGUCGUAUGUCUGCAAGCCCAGCCCGCAUAUCUGUGCUGUCCAGAACGCCAGAAAAUAUCAUCGAGGAGGACAAUGAAGAUGAUGAAGCUGAUAUAAAUAAAACUGUCACUGAUCAGCAGCAGCAGUCCGAGUUCUUCUGGCAGCUAACACAAGACCAAACUCACAACAAAAACUUAAGAGAAGAUUUUUACUAUGAACAUGCCCCGAGUCUUCCAUUGUGCUUAUCCAUCCUGGCACUGCACAGUGAUGCAAAAGAAUGUGGACAGUUGUUGCUUAACUUGUGCGACAAUGUUUCAAAAUUACUUGCUGUAAAGAAUCAUGCUGAAGUGGAUUAUGGCCUUGUCAUUAGCAUGAUGAAGUACCUUCUGUUCAACGCCAAGAUGAAGUUCUUGUCAUGUGGGAACAGUAAUGGUAUAGCUCAGUGUGAAAUGUACAGUGGAAGAGUGGAGAUGCUGAACCUUCUGGUUGCAUCACACUGUAAACACAUUCCAAGCCUUCAGAAGCUUACUCAGUUAGAAACAGUAAGGAGACUGAGAGAUAAACUAAUUGAGGAUGAGCGACUCUCACUAGCCAUGGAAAUUUCAACCAAAUGUGGACUUGAUCCUGCAGGUGUUUGGGCUGCUUGGGGAAAAGCUUGCCUAAAAACUGGAGACUUCCAGGCAGCAAGAGAAAAAUUUUCUAGGUGUAUGAAGGCACCAGUGGACAAAAAUCAGUAUCAACAGUCUUCCAAUUUGUUGAAUGAUAUUGUAGAAUGCAUAGAAAAUUUACCAGGCUCUGGAAUCAACACAAUCCAGGCACUACAGGCAUCUCUGAAGUCAAUCAGCAGUCUCAUAGCUGAGCCGUUUGUGGUACAGAAUGAAGAGACCAACAUCAGUGAACAACAGUUGCAAGAAUGUUUGUACUACCUGAAAGCAUAUGGUACAUAUGGCAGCGUCAUUAGCUUCUAUAGAAAACAUGGUUAUUGGAUGAAGGCUGUGCAAUAUCUUUUAGACAAGAGAUGCUCACCAGAUGUGUUUGUUGAAUGUCUUCUUGUCCCCACUCUGAAGACUGGAGAAAUGGCCAAGCUCCAAGAUCAGCUAAUCUUAAUAGACACCACACUAGAGAAAUGGGCACCCUACCUCAAAGCAGCAUGUAGAUACCUAAACAAGAAAAAAUACAUGCAAGUGUUGUACCAGUUGCAGUUGUUCAUGAAGGAUUAUGUAAGAGCUGCCAUGACUUGCAUCUCAUAUUCUUUCCAACAUGGUGCUGUAUCAUAUGGGGAUUUGUACAACCGUCUCUCCUAUAUACAAGAUGCCAAACAACACUUGGAAGACUACCUGGAACAGAAGCUAUGGUUGGUAGGACUGAAAGGUCCUGCUGGAAGAAGGGUACCAGACUGGGGUGGAAGUGGUGGAGACACUUUGAGACUGCUGCAACCUCCUAAAGAAGUGAAUAGGUACAUUAACACAAUCAGCCUUCAGGUGGAAGUCACUAAAUUCUUACACCAGUAUUACAAUGCCGGGGCGGCAGCAGGAGAGCUCAUGUUCCCACCAGGAAAAAUACCCACUUUAUUUGGAAACAACAAUGUCAAAGUGGAUGUAGUCAACAUGGUUAUGGUAGCAGGAAAAAAUAUUAAUGAUGGAUUUGGUAUUGCAUUUAGGAUAAUACAGGAAUUCCAGUUGAAUGCAACCUUGGUGUACACCACAGUAGCCCGGCAGCUGUCUAAACAGAAGAAAUUCAUCUCUGUAAAGCAAUUACUGGGCUGUAUCCAGGAGUCUGGACUAUGUGAUGACCAGAGUUAUGACGAAGUCAUAGGAGCAUGUAUUAGAGUCAUGGCAGACGAUGCCACUGAGGCAAAAGAAGCAGAAAGUCUGAUCAAGCUAAUAAAGAGCCAGGCUAACAAAAUCAAUGCCUACAUAUUGUGUGGCAAACUGAAGUCGGCCUAUUUGAUUGCUGUAAAAGAGGAGCGGGUUGAGGACGUACAAAGAAUAUCUGGUGCUGCACUGAGGGCAGGCCAACCUGCUGUGAAAAAUAUAUGUGACAAAUGGUUGCAACAAAGACUGAAACCAAAGAAAUAAAAUAAAAAUGAUGUGUCAUUACAAUAUAAAUCUUUGCCACAAGAAGUUUGUAAUUUACACUUAAUACCAAAUAUCGUCCACAAGUGGUAUUUUGUAUGUUUGAAAAAUAGUAAGGUGACUGUUAUGUGAUUUGUCAAGUUGGGUCAUUAUUGUCACAUUGAUAAAAUGUGACUUGGUCAUCCACACAUGCUCAGAAGUUAUUUGUUAACACUAAACAAAAAUGUAAUGUAAAAUGUAGAUUGCAUAUAAGAUGAUGUUUAAAGAUUGAUGUUUUCAAGAAAUAAUUUCUUUAAUCUUGUGUUAUUAAAUAUUUCUCUUUGGAAAGAUUUCUGUUGUCUUUCACUGAAGAGACACCAUAUCUGUCCAUUGAUGCCGUAGUUAACAUCAUUUGUAUUUGUAUACUUCUAAAAUUUGAAUGCCCAGAUAAUCCACAUUGCACAUAUAGGUGAAAAAAGCAAUGUUUUAUUUUAUAAAUACAAGAGUAAAAAUGUCUAUAUUGAUUGCUAUUUAUUGAAUUCAAAGGUUACAUUGGUAUGGGCAGUAGAAAGUUUAAAAUUGAUAGUAAUUAUUCAUUUAUUUAUUUAUUCUUUAUUGAUUUUAUCACUUCAAUUUUGAGCUGUGCAAUAUAUUUGCUACAUUGUUUUAUCAUUUUUUUUUUUUUUUUUUUUCAGUUUAUUUUUACAAUGCUCGGCAGGAUAAGAUUAGGUAUUCGUAGCAUAUCUUUGGCUCGGAACCUUAUUUAUAAUUACACUGUAAUAAUACUAAAAAUAUAUAUUUACUAGUAUACUAUUAUAUCAUCAAUUAAGAUAACCUUUCAUCAUCAGAUGAAUGUUAAAAUGUAGAUGCAUAUGGGAAAAUCAAGUAAAUUUUGAAACUUGGAAAAAGAACAGUAACGUAUACGAUUUUAGUUCAUUGCAUAAAUCUAAACUUAACUGUCACUUCACACAGAGAUGUACAUGUAGGCAUAGAAGUAGAGACUACAGUACUUCUAUGAUGAAGGUAACAACCAAAUUUAUUUUAUGAAUAAAUUUAAGUAUAUUUAA